CUCUAACUGAGGAGAACGAAGAACACGAUUGAGAGACAGCUCCACGAACGAGAGAGUUGCAGGAGGGAGGAAGGAGCUGAGCGAAGGGUGAAGAACGACAAGAAGAGAAGCGAACGAAGCUUGUUGGGUCGACUGAGAUGAAUUCUCAGAACCACGAAGCAUCGAAGAACCCAAGGCUUAGUGGUCGUUCAUCCACAUCUUGUCCUUCACCCUCACUUUCAUGCAAGACCUGUGGCUGUGGGAAAGAGGUAAUUCUCUACCGAUCCAAUUCCAAGAAUAAUCCAGGAAAGCUAUUUUGGAGGUGCCCUGAUUGGAAGGAGAAAGGGACUUGUGGUUUUUUCGAAUGGGAUAAAGGUGUUGCUGCUGAAGAUGGUAUGCAGGGUUCUUCAAAUCUGAAUGAAGACAUAAAUGACAUUAUGGAAAAAAGGAUUGCUAGUUUGAGGGAAGAUGUUAAGGAAAUAGUGCACAGGGCAAUUAUUAAGUUAUGUGAAGACAUGAAUGAGAAGGACAACAAAAUUGAGAUGAUGAAGAUGAAGCUGGAAACAGAGGGAUUGAAGAUUAAUGUGCUCUUGUUCUUUUUAGGCACUACUUUGGCUGUAGCAGUGUCAAAGUUUUUCUAGGAAUGGGGUGUGGUGGAUUUAGGGCUUAGGUUCUUAUGUGUUGUCCAAGUUGAACUUCUUUUGUCUGCAUUGUAUGGCUUUUGUAUUUUGCCAGGAUUGAAUUGAAUGCAAAAGGUCCUAUGUAAUGAAUGCAACAUCCAGCAUGAUUAAAUGCAAUGUGUUCUGGUUGUUUUGAACAUAAAGUAUGGUCUUCAAUUUUGUUAUGUUUUCCCCUGCAAUGUUCCAUAACUCAUGCACACAAUAAAGUAUACUUGCUGCCCUGUUUUGGCAGUAUAUGCACAUGAUGCAUAAUUGUAAA